UGGGACUCGACCGUCACGUCCGUUUCCUACCCAAGUGUCUUACGGAUGGACAUUGAUUAUAUUGAAAACGAAGCCUCCCUAUUGCAACCUCCCGCAGUCCAGAGGAGACGAAUCCGACCAGUGGACGAUGCUCAUCCUUUCGAUCUAGAUGCAUACAUCUCGGGAUAUUCUGGUCGUACUGCAUUUGACAGGCUUGUGCACAUUAUCUCAACAUGUCCGACUUUGGCACCACAGGCAUUGAAACUGGCGUUCGCGCAGAUCGAGGAGCUUCGCGAUCCGACCCUCUAUCAGACUGCGAUGAAUGCAUAUGAUGCUGUGGCGGACCUUCCGGAGGUGCAGCUCCCUCCUAGCGAGUUUUGCUCAGUGAACACGGUUUGGUGCGAAGAUGUUACGAAGAAGAAUCAAGCGGAGAGAACGAAGCUAGAGGUCGAGCUGAAGACGUAUUCUAACAACAUGAUUAAGGAGAGCAUAAGGAUGGGCCACAGGGACCUCGGUGAUUUCUACCGCGCCACUGGAGACUAUACCCAAGCACUUAAACAUUAUACGAAAUCAAGGGAGUUCUGCUCAACAAGCCAACACGUUCUUGACAUGUGUCUUUCUGUGCUAGAGCUUGUGAUCGAACAACGCAAUUACUCACACAUAUCUUCCUACGUCUUUAAGGCUGAGGGUGCACUUGAUACGGCAAGCGCAGCAGCAGCAUCCAAUACCGCUCCCGGUUCCAACAUCUCAGCUGCCCCGCCACCUAAAAGGUCAGCAGAACGUGACCAGGUACAGUCCAAGCUGGAUUUUGCGAUGGCUUUGUUCCACUUAGGACAAGCCAACUACGAAAAAGCUGCCCAACUUUUCCUGAAGAUCGGCCCUCCGGAUUCUCUUGGUGAUUGGAUUGGCAAGCUCGUCGCUCCCGGUGAUUUUGCGAUAUAUGGGACUCUAUGUGCUCUUGCCAGCAUGUCGCGAUCUGCAAUCAAGUCUCAACUUACGGGAAACGCUAUUUUCUCUGCGUACAUCGAGCAAGAACCAUAUGUUCGAGACUUGACCCAGUCAUAUCUCUCAAGCGAUUUCAAAAACGUCCUGGAACUUCUUGAACGGUAUUCGACGCGCCAUUACGUGGACAUUCAUAUGUACUCACAUGUAUAUGAUUUAACGAACCUCAUUCGUAAUGUUGCGGUCGUGCUUUACUUCCAGCCAUUCCAGACCAUUCGUCUCGACAGGAUGAGCGUCGCAUUCGGCUGGACCGUUGACGAGGUUGAGAAGGAGGUAGUUGCACUCAUUCAAAGCGGCCAGAUUCAAGGUCGAGUUGACAGUCAGAACAAGAUCCUGAAAGCGAGAAAGGUAGAUCAUAGGGCCGAAUUGUUCGCGCGUGCCAUAAAGACCGCUGCUGAAAUACAAAGCACCAACCGCAAGCUACUGUUGCGGAUGCGUUUGCAACAAGCAGACUUGGUGGUGAAGCCGCCAAAGUCGCGUCGUGAACAAGAUCGUGCGGGGGAUCUUUUACAGGGCGAUUGAUGGCUAUAUGAUGCUAGCAGUGAAGAGGUUCUGCGUAAGAUUCGCCCUAUGCCGCUGGUAUUCCAUAGCUCUCUCUCGGGACUUGUUAAGACUGCUCUUUUCUGAGACAUCGUGGGUUGAUCGUGGGAUCGAAGCGUUUUGGGAAGCUGAGCGGCAUCAUGAUAGAGGACAAGUAGAUGAGGUUCUCUGGUUUCCGACCAAGUAAAAUCCUCGGGGGGCAAUUAAUUACAACUUUAUGGCCAAGACGAGAAUACGUCUGCCAGAAUAUCAGCGUUUAGGAGACUCACUUCGAG